GACUCGGCCAGUGCCCGAGCCCGCGCGCCAGGGACGGUCUCCGCGCAGAGCGCAACCCUCUGGGGGCUCCGGUGCCACCGCUGCGCGGCGCUUCUGCGGGCAGGGCUAGGCUGGAGCCACGAACCCGGGCGGGGCUCAGGUUGGCACGCGGUGGGCGGGGGUGGUCCCCCGUCCCCGCCUCCCACAUCCGGGGGCCCGGGCCGGUCCCCGGGCCGGCAGCGCGCGGGUGAGUCAGGCCGGGUUUUCCCUCCGCCUCUGGGGCAGGCGAGCGAGCACUGCCGAUCGCGUCCCUCCCUCGCCAAUCCGGCUCCGGCGCCCGCCCGCGUUUUCCUGGCGCCUGCUGCCCGGCCGCUCCGGCCCGGCUCGCAGUCUCGGCUGGAGCCGGUGCCCUGGAGGGAAGGUUCAAAUCCGCGCCAGGGAGCUGCAGCGCGCGAGGGGUGCGGAGCGGCGCCAGCAUGAAGCAGCCGCUUGUGCCCUGGUGAAACUUCAUGGCCAGAGCCCCAGGCCCUGCUGGCAUUGCCAUGGGCAGCGUGGGCAGCCUGUUGGAACGUCAGGACUUCUCCCCUGAAGAGCUGCGGGCGGCACUUGCGGGGUCUCGGGGCUCCCGCCAGCCUGAUGGGCUCCUCCGGAAAGGCUUAGGCCAGCGGGAGCUCCUCAGCUACCUGCACCUCCCCAAGAAGGACAGCAAGACCACCAAGCGGGCCCCUCGUAACGAGCCUGCCGACUAUGCCACCCUCUACUACCGGGAACAUCCUCGGGCUGGUGAAUUCAGCAAGACCUCGCUGCCUGAGCGGGGUCGUUUUGACAAGUGCCGCAUUCGCCCAUCAGUGUUCAAGCCAGUGACAGGCACCGGGAAAGGCUUCCUGUCCAUGCAGAGCCUGGCGGCCCACAAGGGCCAGAAGCUGUGGCGCAGCAACGGCAGCCUGCACACGCUGGCCUGCCACCCACCCCUGAGCCCUGGGCCCCGGGCCAGCCAGGCCCAGGCCCGGGCCCAGCUGCUGCACGCCCUCAGCCUGGAUGAGGGCGGCCCCGAGCCUGAGCCCAGUCUGUCCGACUCCUCCAGUGGGGGCAGCUUUGGCCACAGUCCCAGCACUGGCCCUGGUCCCUUCAGCUCUUCCCUGGGCCACAUUAACCACCUUGGGGGCUCUCUGGACCGGGCCUCACGGGGUCCCAAGGAGGCUGGGCCGCUGCCUAUGAUGAGCUGCCUGCCCGAACCUCCGCCUCCCUAUGAGUUCUCCUGUCCCACCGCUGAGGACAUGGUGGCUGUGCUGCCUGACUCCUGUGAGGAGCUCAAGAGGGGCCUCAGUGAUGAGGAUGGCUCCAACCCCUUCACGCAGGUGCUAGAGGAGCGCCAGCGGCUUUGGCUGUCUGAGCUAAAGCGCCUAUACGUGGAGCGGCUGCAUGAGGUGGCCCAGAAGGCCGAGCGCAGUGAGCGCAACCUCCAGCUCCAGCUGUUCAUGGCCCAGCAGGAACAGCGGCGCCUGCGCAAGGAGCUGCGGGCGCAGCAGGGCCUGGCCCCAGAGCCCCGGCUUCCAGGCACCCUCUCAGAGGCCGAUCCCAGCACUCGACCAGAGGAGGAAGCCCGAUGGGAGGUAUGCCAAAAGACGGCGGAGAUUAGCCUCCUGAAGCAGCAGCUACGGGAGGCCCAGGCCGAGCUGGCGCAGAAGCUAGCAGAGAUCUUCAGCCUGAAGACGCAACUUCGGGGCAGCCGGGCCCAGGCCCAGGCCCAGGAUGCAGAGCUGGCCCGGCUGCGUGAGGCUGUGCGGAGCCUGCAGGAGCAGGCCCCACGAGAGGAAGCCCCCGGCAGCUGUGAGACUGAUGACUGCAAGAGCAGGGGGCUGCUGGGGGAGGCAGGAGGCAGUGAGGCUGGAGAUGGUGCCGAGCAGCUGAGGGCUGAGCUGCUGCAGGAGAGGCUCCGGGGCCAGGAGCAAGCGCUGCGCUUCGAGCAGGAGCGGCGGACAUGGCAGGAGGAGAAGGAGCGGGUGCUGCGCUACCAGCGGGAGAUCCAGGGGGGCUACAUGGACAUGUACCGACGCAACCAGGCGCUGGAACAGGAACUUCGGGCACUGCGGGAGCCCCCUACACCCUGGAGCCCCCGACUUGAGUCCUCCAAGAUCUGAGGUCAGCGAAGCGAAAUGACAGCAGAAGCACUGUCAGAAGACGGCUUGGACAAGCCCGCCCUGAGAUGGCCGAUUCCUUCCUUGCAUUGGUCUGGGGCAGAAUCUGCUGAGACCAGCCGGGGAUGGGGAGGCUCGCCGAGAGUGGUGGGAUCCAGUGGGGCUGUGGGCUGGAUGGGGUGCCUGCAGCAGGAAUCAGGGCCAGACUUGGCUGAGGAGCACCCAGGCAGGGCCCAGCCCUGCUCCCUAGAGUAGGGGUAGCCCAGAAAAGGAGGUUAAAGAACAAAGUGCCCCAUGAUGCAGAAGGGCCGAGGUGAGGGAUGAAGUCUGGGGUGGGAACACUGGCCUCCCCAGAAUAAAACCAUGUUUUCUACUAGGAGGUGCCAGAUGAUCACGUUGAGCCUGUUGCUGGCCUGAGUCCAGAGGAUUGUGGAUGGUCAGGGUCAGGGGCUGUUCAUCUGGGCUGUAGCUUCCUCCGUGGUCAUGGGCAGUGGGGAGGGUGUGCCCUGCGCCUCAGCACAGCUGCUUGGCAUGCAUGUUGGGGAGCAGAGGAAUCCCUGCCCCAAUACCAUGCAGUUCCUUUGCUGCCAUGUGGGCUGAAAUUCCUUUCUUUAGCACCAGUGGAACUUUUCAGAAGGAACAAUGCCAGGGAACACAAGCAAACAAAAGGGCAAGUCAACCAAGGCAUUUCUAGAACAUGAAAGGUCCUCUUGGUGGGAAGUCUGGACCCCAGGUGCCCAUUCCCCGGUAGAUGUGGGGCCAGCCUAAGAGAGCUUCCGCUGGAGAACCUUAUGGCUCCUGGUAGAGUUCUUCCCCUUCCAGAAUGUACCUCCCCCUUUCUGACUUGUGCACCCCUUCCUCCUUAGGGCUGAGGGUCUUGGGAAGGUGCAGGAGACAGACAGAGAAAGCUUGCAGGUCUCUUGGUAAAGGGCCUGUACCACAGCAGAGAAUGUGGACAUUUCCCCAUAGGCAUGGGGGGCCCUGGGGUGUUCUUGAGCAGGAGAGAGAUAGGAUCUGAUUUGUAUUCUGGAAAGCUCCAUCCUGGGAGAAAGCACCCCACCCCCGCCCGUGGCCCUGCAGGGGCCUCCCCUCUUAGGCAAGGCUGGUCCUUGGCCCCCAAAAUCCACUCCCGCCCUUGCCCUCUCAGACAUCUGGCUUCCCUUCUGGGCCCUUUCUUCCUCCUGGGUGGGUGGCCUGGAGCAGAGAACCAAUCUGGCUGUGCAAGUGGUAUCUUCCCAGCCCCUGCUCUGAAGCUCCGGAUCCUUACAGAUGCAUCACCGUCACUGCUACCACCCAUUGAGCACUUCCUGUCUACCAGAUGCUGGGUUAGGCUGUCAGGGCAUGGGGGCUCAGGGUUGAAUUAGAUGUGCUUCUUGCCCCAAGGGAACCAGCAUACAGACGUCUCCCUCCCAAGCCCUGCCUGGUGGUGGGGGAGUGGCCAUCUCUGAGAAGUUCUCAACAGAAACCCCCAAUUUGCUCCCUUUGGGAAUGCUGGCUCUCUCCCUGGCCAUGCCUGGCUGGGGCCUGAAGGGUCCUGGUGGUGGAGUAGAGUUUCCAUGCAAGGGUAGCUGUGAGGUAUGAGCCAGUGUGUCCUGCCUUUUUAGGGUGGAGAGUGGGGUGUGUGAAUUGUCUGCCAUGAGAUGGUAUGUUUAUGUCCCUGUGAAUGGCAGGUGUUUAUAGUAGAGACGUGUUAUGGGUGGUGGGUGUGUCUAAGGGGGUGUGUAUUGGAGGCCGGGAGGGCUGCUUUCUGGUCCCUCCCUCUGUCCCAUUCUUUCCCACCAGUCUUAGCCCCUUUUAGCACUGGCCAGGCUUGGCUGGAGCCUGUGGCCAGGGCAGACCCCUGGGCCAAGCUGAGACCCAUCUGAGUUCACCCCUGAGCCCGGGUCCUCUACCUGGGGAGGAAAAGCAGGGACACCUGGUUAGGCAGGCUGGGCCCUAAUAGGCCUUGAUACCCAUUUCACACGGCCCUCCAAGCUGAGGUUUCUGGGUCAGUGACUCCUCUAGAGGGCCCUCCAGAGCCCAAUGCUGGCCUGAAGCCUGGGUCACCCCCAGGGCCUGGAGCUGGUCAGGCUGGGUGCCCACAGUGCCAGGGUCCACCUUUUGGUGUCCUAGCUCUGCAGAACAACUCCCCACCCAGCAAUUAGGGAGCUGGGCCGGCCAGUACAGCCAGCGGGGAGUGGGUGGGCGGUACCAAAACUUGGCAGCUGUGCCAGAAACCAAGCCAGGCCCAGAUAUAGGGGGAGGACGCGAGAGAGCUGAAGCUGGGGCGUCUCAGAGGGAACCAGAUCCCUGUUAGCUCAUCCCUGCCGGGCAAACCAGUUCCCUGUCCCCAAGCCGGCUGGGUGGCUCUUGGGCCGGCUGAUCACAGGUGCCACUGUAGUGGCUACUGCUUGGGGCAGCCCUCAACUCCCCAGCUGUUCUUAGACCCUCUUCUCUAGUAGACUAGGUCCAGGAGUGAAUUCUCUCCAGGACUGAGACAAGCUCCCAGCACUGGCUUCCUGCCCUUGGGCCUUCUUGUCACUCAGAUAAUGUCAUGCCCUCCAGUGGCUCCCUGGACCCCUUAGCCUAUCACUUGAGGCAUCUCACAGUCUGGCCCCUGGGCUUGCUGAUCGAGGUGCCCCUCCUGAUGCCAGCCAGAUGUAGGGAGAGGGUGUGAGAGAGCUGAAACCUGGGCGUCUCAGAGGAAACCAGAUCCCUGUUAGCUCAUCCCUGCUGCCCUCUGGGUCCUCCAGGCAGACUCCCUUCCCAAUGCUUAGAUCUUGCCUCCUCAGGGAAGCCUUCCAGGCUAUCCCCUGUGUCCACAGCCCCAUGUCUCUCCUCUAGCUCCUUCUGUGCUGCUGGCAUUGUCAGUUUGCCUCUGCCUCCACUGGGCUGUGGGAAUGGCCGGGGCAGGGCCGGGGCUUCUGUUUUCAUCCCCAGAGCCUGCUCUCAUUCUAGCCCAGAAGGCACUGACAGGCUUUGGGUUCAAAACAGACCAGACCCCUCCCCUGACUGGCAUGGGUUCAAGCUAGGGGUGGGGUGGGAAGGUGGCAAAGGCUCCAGUUCCCAGUGUUCAUUCACCUUUCUUGCCACUUGGUUCAAACUAGGUCUGUGCCAAGUACUAGGGCCCCUGAGCCAGUCACCAUUUACUGUACAGUGAUGUGUAGAGUGCCUGCCUCCGGGAGGAAGCUAAGGUGCCAAGGCCUGUGCCCCUGUGGCCCUUCCUGGAGGGUGGGGUAGGGAAGCAACACACACACACACACACACACACACACAGUAGGGAUUGGGCUGGAAGAGUGCAGACAUAGAGACAGAGGACAACAGAGAGACCUCUGCAGUGGUGUGCAAGACAGCUGAGUACAGAAAAGGCACAGGGAGACUGGAGGAGGGAGAGUAAAUUUCUUUGAGAGCGGGGUGGAGGGGAGGUUGCUGCAGUAAUAGGGAACAUCUUCCAAAGAAGGUGCAGGCCCCAUAGAGACGAUUCAGAUUGCAUAGCCCACGGCCCUGCUGGGUGGAGGCUUAGCUGUUGGUAUCGGAUUCAAGAAAGAAAAAGGAUGUGCUGUUUCUUGCAAUAAAACCAAAAAAAGUGGACUAUGUCAUGAGAGGUGAGGUUUGACUGUGGUGGGAGUUCAGAGGAGAGCUGGCUCAUGCACCAGGCGAUAGGGUGGCGCUGGGGUUGACAAAGGUUGACUAAACUUUGGUCACGCACUUCCAAGCGCUCUCUCUCUCUCUCUCUCUCUCUCUGGCUGUGCCCAUAGCAUGCAGAAGUUCCUGGGCUAGGGAUCGAACCUGUGCCACAGCGGUGACAACACCAGAUCUUUAAUCCACUAAGCCAUCAUGGAACUCCACGAGUUCUCUUUAUGACUCUGCCUUCCUGUGUCCUUCCUUGUGCAGUCCCAUUCGAGCAAGAAUCCUGCGAAGUUUAGCCAGGGUCCCCAUCCUCCGUAUCUGUCACCCUCCACGUCUACUCGGUUCCUCAGCUUCCACCACCAGGUGAUGUCUGAUCACUGGCCUGCCUGCAUGGAGAACCUUGGGAGGUCCGUUUAGCAAGUUCCCUUCUGCCCCCUGAGGUUUCCUUUUAGUAAUUUUCCAUCCACUGACCCCCCACCACCACCAUUGGCUAUAAAUUCUACUUUUCCUUGUGUUUGGAGUUAAGCCUGCUCUUAGUCUCACCACAUGGAUACUAAUCGUGUUCGUUAACCACUGAGCCAUGACGGGAACUCCUCUCAGUCCUACCACAAAACCCCAUUCCUGUAGCCCCUGCCCCUUGAAUAAAUUCUCCCUUAUCACUCUUUAA